AUUUUUUAUUGGGUUUAUUGAUCAAACGGGAUCAUGUGACACAAACAGAAAAAUGGUGUCCUAAGUUGACGUGUAUUUACAUUUACAAAAAUGUAAAAGGCACCUGUUGGCAGGGUAACCAAGCUGUCUCUUCUGGACAAAUGCAAGAACUAUGGAUGACUCGGCAGAGUCAAAGGACGAUGCUGACAAAGAAAUUUUAGGAAGUUCUAACUCAUCGUUAGAUCUAAAGAGAGUAAAACCACCCAAUAAGAAAAAACAUGAAGAUGAGGUUGAAGGGAUACAGAACAACAUUAAAGAGAAAGAAACACUACUUAGAUCUCUUACUGCAGAAAACUUCCAGAAUCAAUUGAAGGCUACCAGAGCAGAAAAACUGGCUGUGAUUGAGAAACUGAAGAAAAUUGAUACAGAUCUCAAGGCAUUUUCUCAACAGAUCACAAAGAAGAAAGGUAUACAAGACCAGUUACAGUCCAGACUACAUUACAGAAGUGAAGUGAAAAUAGAUGAAGCAAUAAGGCGAUUAGAAUGGCAGUUAAAGAUUCAGAACUUCAAACUGACAGAGGAGAAGAAGAUUGUAGCAGAAAUAGACAGUCUCAAAAGAUCAAAGAAAGACCUUAGUCAGUUUUUAGCAGCAAAGAAAGAAGUGGAUGAAAUAAGAGACAGACAGCGAAGAAUGAGAGAAGAAAGAGAUAGAUAUCAAAAGAAUGUGAACCAGCUCAGGAACAAAGAAGAUGAAACAAAGAAAUCAUUAGAAGAGAAAAAGAGCAAGUUGUAUGUAUUGAAGAAAGAGAUUGACAAGUUGUACACAAGAAAACGUCAUAUGAUCCAUGAAUUCAAGCAGCAUGAAAAAGAAUAUAAUGACGUCAAAGACGAAAUGAAGAAACAAAAGAAACGUGACAGCUUUAAAAGGAAAGAAGAAAGCAAAUCUCAUAUGGAGGCUUUCCAGAAUGAUAUUGAAGAGUAUGGGUUACAAAAAGAGCCAUAUGAAGAUGAAAUCAAACUAUGUAAUACAUUGAUUAAUUACCUGCAGAAGUUCCAGGUCAUGGAGGAUGAAGUGGAGGAACCAUCUAAAAAUACAGGAGUAGUUGAUGAGUUAGAUGAUGGCAAGUACAUAUUACUGAAGAAAACAGAAGAUACGGAAUAUUCCAGUGUACGUCCAACCAAAAGACGACCGAGUAAAAAGGGCAAGAAAUUCAGUGUCACAAAGCCAAUUACUCAUGCACCACAGAUUUUUUCCCAGUUUGCCUCCCUGAUGUUAAAUGCACCUUCAACCAUUCCAGAAAUAAGUGUUUCCUUAGAACAGGUCCAAGCCAGAAAGAUAUUUUAUGAAGAAGGUGGACCAAUCCCUACACAUCGCAUGGUCACUCCAAGUAUUGAGGAACAUAGUGCAAGUGAGACGGGAAUAUCUGCCACAGAAUCAGCCAUGUGUGAAAUGUCUCGACAGGUUAGCAAUACUGAGAGCAAUGAAAAUCCAGAAGACUCGUUCUUUGUGUUAGACGAACUUGUGAAGCUGUCAGGAAAUGAUGAUAAUUUGUCUGACAAGUCAGAAGACACACUGGCACGCAGUAAUUCUGAUUCCACAGACCGAGGUCAUUCAGAUGGCGAUAACUCGGAACUGUCUCCGGAAAGUCGUAAAGGCUCUGAUGUUUCUGAAUGUGAGAGCACAGUUAUAUCUCCCGAUUCAUUUAAGAACCAAUUUGCUCACAGUACAGUUCAUAAGUUUAGUAGUAAUUCAGUUCCUAAAACAAAUUCAGAAUUACUUCAAAUAUCCACUGGCAGUUCUCUCAAGGAGCAGACACCAAACAUUCCAAAAAAAGAUGCAUGGACAAAUCCCAGAUCUGUUGUGUUGACAGAACCAGAAUGUCAAAAUUCUCAAUCAGGAACAAUGUCUAAAACAGAUACGGUACAAUUUGUAAAAAAGGAAAUGGCAAAAUCUGAAAAUGUAAAAUUACCUAUAUUUCUUGAUGUAGAAUUUCCUUCCUUAAAAAAAGACAUGUACAAAAAACCAAAUGUGAUGGAUAAUGAAUUAGAACAUUUGACAGAGUUAUCUACCUUAGAACAUUUGACAGAGUUUGACCAAAAUUCCCUAAGAGAAACAGACUCUAAUAUAUUUGACCAAACCCAAGAAAACAAUGACACAUAUUGUAAUAGUGACUCUGUUAGACACGAUGGCUUUGUCAGACAAAAUGACUUCAUUGGAAAUAGCAAAUACAAGGACACUAUAUGUGGACAGGAUGAUAGUUUUGUAGUAAUAGAUGAUAAUUCCAAUAUCCAUGACCUUACUGAAAGCUCAAAUGGCGAUCAUAAAACACUAUGUGAUGACUUUUGUAAUACACAGGAUAGACAUAUUUUAUUUUCGACACAUUUGUAAUUUGUACAAUGUAGGGUUGUUGUAAAGAGUAUGUUUAUUGUUUUAAAACUGGGGGUGGUAUGUCUGAAUACCAGAACCAUUUUGCAUAAAAUUAAUAAGCAGUGGCAUUCAUUGGGUAUUUGUAGCAAAUACUGUUUUUUAUGUGUGUACUGGUCAUGGACUCUUAAAAAAUUUAAUUUACAUAGAUUGUUUCAACAGGUAGUUUUUGUUUACUAAUUAGAUGUUAAUUUACAGAGAGUAGUGCUAUAUAUUUUGACUGUGAUUUUCCGUAGUUAUAAAUUUGGGUUUUGGAAACUGUUCAGUAAUGAAUUUUACAAAAAUCUAGCGAGAACAAAUACUUGUAUAUCAUGAACCUUUCAGUAUAACUUACCAUCAAUAUUUUGAUAGUUAGAUUUUCUAUGAAAAGAGCUACAAUUUUGUAGAAAGCAAUAAGCAGAUUUUAUCUUUGAUCUUAUUUUAUGAUUUAUUUAAAUUCAUAGUUAAUCUACUGUAGUGGUAGAAUAGGAUUUUUAAAAUAGUGGUAUGGUUGGGUGAUAAAAAAAAAGAUGGAGUGGCAAUGAAAAAACAAAAAUACAGAAACAACCAAUUCAUUAUCCUGAGUUUGAGUGAUUCUUUUUCCCGCCUUUUUUUCUUGGUAUCAAACCCGAACAGCAACUCCAUGUGUUUACACGGAACUAAAGCAUUGUUCAAGUUGAAUUUCAAGUCAAAAUAAAUUAGGAAAUGGUGUGCAUUUUAAGAUAAUUUCUUCUGUAAUUGAAACAUUUACUAAUAGGUACUUGGAUACAGUGGUGUAAAUUUAUUUUGUGAUAACAUACAAUUAUUAUUUAUCUUGUUUUUUGGUAGUCUAUCUGUAGAAUACUGGUGAUGCUUUAUAAAAUGGUCAAAUUAAAUGUUUAAUUUUCUAGAGCAUUUAUGUGAAACAUGCAUGUAUUUAUAAGAGUUUGCCAGGAGCUGUGAGUUAUUUUUUUUAAUUGUUUUUAACAAGAACAUCAUUUUUUAUUUUCUUGUCGGGGUCAUAUAAUUUUUUUCCAUUUAAGAAUAACUACUGAGAACAAAUUAAAUACAACUCAUUCUAAAACGUUUUGUAAAUGGUUAGAAGACAGACGUUAGGAGGUAGACCUUAAAUUAAGGGACUAAACUUAUAUAGAUCUCUGGUACGUUUUUGUCCGCCAUUUUCAUAAAUCUAUUGUAAGCCUCUUAAUAACAAGAUUUAUUUUAAUCUGUUUCACGUGAUUGCUUGAAAUGCAUUUGGUAGAAAUUCCUUUUACAAACACUUUGCUGAUUAGAGAUUAUACCCACUAUAUUGAAGAUUGGAUUGUACAACAAAUGAAAUUUUAAGAUUUUCCCCCGAAAAGGAGACCCACUUCCUAAUAAAAAAAGCAAACAAUCAAACAAUCAAAUGAAAGAAUACAGAAAUAUAAAGAACAGAACAGGAGAACAACUCCAAAUAUAAGAUUAAAUAAAACAAACAAAUACCGGUACAAAAGUCAAAAAUAUAUAGGACAGAACAGAAGGACCUCUCCCAUAUAAAAUUAAAUAAAAGAAUAAGAAUAAAAAUAAAUACUUAAUUAUUGAAAUUUAAAUUGUAAAUAAUUUAUAUUUAUAUGAAUGUAAUCUAUUUAUUUUGUUGACCAAUUGAAAUAUUUUGUAUAAAAGAAAAUAUUAAACUGUUAAGUGUAUAAUGAUUGCUGUAAAUAGAAUUGAUGAAAUAUAUAUGUUGUUAAUUAUCAGAUUAUAAUUUUUUGUGACAUUUCACAAACCAACUUAUUUUACCAGAAGUUUUUUUUAAUAGUAGUGUGUGUUAUUCUAAAUCUUUUUCACAUAAAUGCUUAAAAAACAUUUGGUGAAACUGCCUUUUACAGUGCAUUGCUGAUUAAAACAUCCACUUAAGCGGACAUCCCAGUCAUUUUGUUUUACUAUGUAUAUAAGAGAAGAAAUAUUCAUGUUAAUUUUGUUUCAUAGAAAGUAGCAGAAAUAUAUUACUCAUGCAAAUGAGUUGGUUUCAUAUACAAUUACACCUUAUAUUUAAACUUUUUAUUUUCUGACAUUUUAUAUAUGAGGGUAUGAUUGGGGUUAACAGAAUAGAGAAUAAUGGGCAAAAUGUGCAGAAUAAAUGACAAAAAAUAUAAAGAAUAGAGAAAAAUAGGGCAAACAAAUAAAGAAUAGAGAAUAAUGGGGUGCUCAAAUAUAAAAAAAAAAAGAAAAACAUAUAAAGAAUACAGAAAGAUGACCUAAAGAAUUGAGAAAUGAAGGACCCCCAUCAAGACCCUCAUAUAUGAUAAUGAAGUAUGGCAUUUGUCCUCUUUAUUUCUUUUUUCCAUCCACUUUUUAAACAUGUUGGUGCUGACAAAUAGUGUGGCAUUAAGGGGCAUGAGAGUCUUCAAAUUGAAGACAAAAUGAGGACAACUUAUUUAUUGAAAAUGUCCAAAAUAUGCCAAAAAUAUUUUGCUACAUCUAUGCCUAGUGGCUUGUAAAGGUGUUCUUUUUUCUGAACCAAAUUCCUGGGUCCUAAUUUGUUUUUGUCAGUUGUUUCAAUCAACCAGUAAUUGUGAAUACAUAGACUUAAAUUUAGUGUGACAAGGGAUCAAUUAUACUUGAACCUUGAACCAGAAAUAAAUGACAUAAAUGUUACUUGAUAAUUAUUUAUUGUUUGAUUAUUUGUACUUAUUAAGGACAAUUAUAGAUUCAAUGAUCCUGCUGUAAUCUUUAUGUUGCUAGGAGACAGUUGUAAUUUGUACUAUUUUAAUAUUUUGUGAUAUGUUAAGAACAAAUUAUGUUGUUUUUUGUUAAGUAUUCUGGUAGACCCAAAAAUUUUAAGUAUAGCUACUGUAGAAUAAUUUCAUUCUUAUUUGCAUUUUAUAUAUAUAUGUUUUAUUUAACUUUUAAAGAAAUCAAUAUCUAUCACAAAUGUUAGCCUUGAUUGUUUAUGUCAUGUUAUUUUAAUGUAUUUUUUUUUAAUUAUGAUUCUAAUUUUAUCAUUAAACAAUUUCAGAAUCAAAUGCAUUGUGGGUAGUAUUUUCAAAAAUAUACCCCAAAAUUUUGAAAUUUGCAAAUAACUUACUAAAGAAUGGUCACUUUGGUGAGAUAAAUUACCCACAAUCCAUUGGUGUGCCAUCAAGAAAAUUACCCACAAUCCUUUGGUGUGCAAUCAAGAAAAUUACCCACAAUCCUUUUGUGUGCAAUCAAGAAAAUUACCCUCAAUUUGUUGGUGGGCCAACAAGAUAAAUUACCUACAUCCUUGGUGUGUCAUUAAGAAAAUUACCCACAAUCCUUUGGCAUAACAACAGGAAAAUUACACACAAUCCUUUGGUGUGCCAUCAAGAAAAUUACCAUAAAUCCUUUGGCAAACAACAGGAAAAUUACACACAAUCCUCUGCCUUCUGAGUGGUAAUUGAGGCUCGAUGUAAUUUUAUCUUUCUUGAAAAAUGAACUGGUAUACCAGCAAUCAUGUGACAAAUAUGUAAUGGCACUCAACUGCUCACAUGAAUUUUGUCAUUUUCACAUGUCCUUACAAUGUUUAUGGAGUGGGCAGAACUUCUCCCCUGUUCCCCCUCCCCCUUUGGAGUGAGCAGAACUUCACCCUUGUUUCCCCUUCACCCUUGGGAGUAGGCAGAACCUCUACCCUAUGCUUGCCCAUUGGAGUGGGCAAAACGUCACCCCUUUGACCACUCUUUGGAGUGGAGUGAGCAGAUUUUUUUUCAUGUGCCUGCACUUUGGAGUGGCCAGAUCUUCUCCAUUGUGCCCGCCCUUUUGAAUGGGCAGAACUACUCCCCUGUGCCUGCCCUUAGGAGUGGACAGAACUACUCCCCUGUGCCAGCCCUUUGGGGUGGACAUGCUAUUUCUAUUCUUCAUACUUAGAAUUGAUCAUACAAUACCUUGGAAGAAUGAAAAAAACUAUUGCAUUCAAUAUUGUUUUAAAUGUGAUGUUAAAUAUUUAAUGGACAUGAGUGGUCACGGGUGACAGAUAGACAUGAGUAUACACGGUGGGCAGAUAGAUAUGAUUGGUCACGGUUGGCAGGUUGACAUGAGUAUACAUGCAAGGUAUAUGGACAUGAGUGACAAAGGUUGGCAGGUAGACAUAGGUAUACACGGUGGGCAGAUGGAAAUUAGUGGUCAUGAUGGGCAGGUUUAUAUAAGUAUACACUGGGGGCAUAUGGACAUCAGUGGUUAAGGUUGACAGUUAGCCAUGAGUAUACAUGGGCAAAUGGACAUGAGUGGUCAAAGUGUCAAGGUAGAUAAAGAUAAAUACACCUGGGCUGUAAUGCAUGAUUAAUAAUAUAUAAAAUUGUGGAAUCGUUGAUUAUUAUUUAUAUAAUUUGUCCGAAAUAUAAAAUGUUGUGUACUCACUAUUUGAUAUAUGAUGAGUUUUACCAUUUACCAAUUAUAGCAAGGCUUCAUUAUUAUUCUUUACUUACUACUUUUCCAGGAAAAGUCAAUGUUUUAUAUAGAUAAUUUUAACUUCAAUCAAACCUCCCGAUAAGCAAAUGAAUUUAAUCACGUUUAGCUGCAGAAAGACUGAAAGUAGUAGGAAUUUUCUUGAUGGAAAAUAAUGAAGCCUUGUCAUUUGUAUAAACAAGGAAAAAACAUAUCUAAAUCAUGCCAUGUGGUAUAUCAAAAUCAUGUCUGAUUAAAUAUACCGAGGAUAUCAGAUAGAACAAAUAUUAAAAGAAUCAAGAAAAAUCAUUGGCAUUAUGAAUAAAUCAAGUAAAGCACCACACAAGCCGUGUCUUACAAGGAUUAGUUAUUAGUGAUAAGUAAAGACUGAUCAAAUCAUUGUCCUUUACAAGAGGCAUUUUUUCUGUUUGAGAGGCUUUGAUUUAGACAGGUUUUACUGUACACUGAAUGAACCUGUGUUUGACUGUUAAGGAGGCUUUGAUUUAAACAGGUUUAACACUAUUUGCCUUUCAUGUCUUUGCUCUAGUCAUUAAUCAGACUGAAAAGAUGAACAAUAAUGUAUACAAUGAUGUAAUAAAUGAUUUUAUAUGAAA